UGCUGGCUUGUCACGUCAAGUAUACAAGUAUAUUAAGCAAAAAAGGAAAUGUAGUGUUUAAACUUGUUUUUAAAAAAAGUUUUUUAUUUAUUUUUUACAUUAUAAUGUCAUUCGAGACAUAUUGGUUCUACUUGAGUGCUUCUCUUCUGGUCCUUGUUAUUUUGUGUGCCACUGUCAUUUACGUGAUGUGUAAGUACACAGAUGUGUAUCCAAAAGUGGUACGCUGCGAAGAGGAAAAAUUUUUUUUGGAUCCUGCAUCAGGGACGAAACGCACAUUUCCAUCGCUAGCAGAUGAUUGGAGUAUAAAUCUAAGUGUAAUUGUUCCUGCUUACAAUGAAGAAACAAGAUUGCCAUCCAUGUUGGAUGAAUGUUUAAAUUACCUGGAGGAGCGUAAAAAGUCUGGACUUUUGUAUGAAAUAAUAAUAGUCAGCGAUGGUAGUACAGACAAGACUGUUGACGUUGCACAUUCUUAUGCUAAAAAGUACAGUUGCAUUAGAGUACUGGCAUUAGUAAAAAACAGAGGCAAAGGAGGUGCCGUAAGACUGGGUAUGCAGAGUGCCAGGGGUAGCGUUUUAUUGUUUGCUGAUGCGGAUGGUGCUACGACGUUCAGUGAUCUAACAAAAUUGGAUGAAAGUCUUAGGAACGUUCUGGGAUUUGACUACGUCUCGUCGCCUGGUGAAACAGCAUCUGCACACGCCAUUAUCUGUGGCUCGCGUGCUCACCUGGAGGAAGAAGAAAAGGCCAAGCGUUCGCUUUUCCGGUUAUUACUGAUGCACGGCUUUCAUUUUCUCGUGUGGUUCUUUUGCGUGAAGGGUGUCCAUGACACGCAGUGUGGCUUUAAAUUGCUGACUCGCGAGUCGGCGCGACUUGUGUUUGCGGCUUUGCACGUCGAGCGCUGGGCCUUUGACGUCGAGAUGCUGUACAUUGCUGAAGUACUUGGAUUGCCGGUGACGGAGGUCGCCGUCGAGUGGCAGGAGAUCGAAGGCUCGAAAAUCGUGCCCGUGUGGAGUUGGCUGCAAAUGGGUCGUGAUCUCAUGCUCAUCUCAUUGAGGUAUAAGCUAGGUGCCUGGAAGAUCCUUAAGCCCAAGACAAGUUGAGACGAGCAAACCCCCGAUAGGAACUAUUUGAAAAUUGACCUUCCUGUGUGUGUUUUACUUGCAAUUUUCUUGCUAUCUUCAAAUCCAUAACUCCUGGAUUUUGUAAAAAUAGUACUUUUACGAAUCUUUAUAAUUUGUACAAGUUGUAAAUAGUAAGUCGAGCAAGUUUACAAUAUUUUUGAUGAUUUUGCCACAACAAUGGUCCAGUACGUUUUAAAUUUAUUAUUCUAAUGAUAUGAAAACACGAGCGCAUUCGUAUCAAUAGAUUUAUACACACGUUAUAAUGUUAGAAAGGUGCGACUAUUAAAUGUAUAAAAAAACAU